GGAAUCGAACGCUCGAGCUUAUAUGGGAGUCGAACCCACGACCUUUGGUGCUACUUAGGGGGAGGUUGAUUAAGGCACUCGAAGCCACCACCUUUGGUGGGAAAAAACAAGAAGUAAGAACGCAUUCGAAUGAGAAUAUCAAGUAAUUUAAUGAACGUCUCUUAAGCGUGCAGGCUUUCGCCUUCACCCUCUUUGGCGUAUGCUAAUGUGACUGUCAAGUUUGUAAAUCUUGGUGCAUGAUAGUUGGGACACCCUGUAUAAUGCAAAGGUUAUAUGUGAGCCAAAUGAAAGUGCCAGCGAUUUUUUUUCUAUUUAGCUACUCAAUAUGUACCACUGGGUGUGUGCUCGUUCUUGGUCAAUCCUCCAGAAUGGGCAUGUCCCACUAUAAUUCCGACAUAAAACAUGAACAUGUAGUCUCGGCUCAGAGAUAUCUCUAAAGCACAGCGAUCUUUUAAUAGGAUGCUGAAUUACCUUUUAACGUACUCUUUGGUUUAUUUUAUUUUUUACCCUUUGGGUAUGUGUCACUUGGGGUGUGCCCGCGUUCUUGGCCAAUCCUCCAGAAUGGUAUAUGUGCCACUAUGUUACACAAGAGGUAAAGAAUCCUUAAAUGUAACUAGAUGUAUGUGUCGUACUUUCUUUGCAUACACAUGCCAUCGCCAUACUUGCCUGGACAAGCACCAUGUAUCACCUUGAUUGAUUGAUUAGUGUGGUUUAUUGACGCAAGGGCCAGAUGUCAUGUAUCACCUUCGUCCUCAUGACAUCGCUGUCAAUUCGGUUGCCGGUUGCAUCAAUGAUUCAUUGCGUUUUGCCCUCUGUUCGGUAAGUUCUUCGCAAGGCGCAGCACCCAGUUAAAAUCAGUGGACUUCUAAAAGCGACCUCGUGGCGAAAAAUAACGAUUCGCCCGCUAACAGGCAAACGAAAGGCCGCGUCCAAUUUUCUGGGGCAUAGCGCGAAGUGAGUAUGAUCAUCGCGAGGCGAAGAUGAUGAGGACGAAGCCGCCGCGCCGGAGGCGCCUGCGGUGGCAUGGACUCGCUGAGUGCCACCCCUGCUGGGCCCUCUAGCAAGAACACGAAGCCCGACGACGCCGACAUAUGCCGCAUCUGUUUCCGAGGGGUCAGCUGUGGUUCCCUACUGCAGCCUUGCCUAUGCCGAGGCAGCAUCGGCUUUGCGCACAAGCCGUGCAUGGAACGGUGGGUCUCGGAACGUAGGGAGGAAGAGUGCAACAUCUGCCACUACAGCUACCCGAUCCUGCGGAGGACGAGGACCUUCUGCGACCUGCUUCGUCACCCGGAGGGCCGCAAGGAGCCGCUUGUGUACGCACUGCUGGGCGUCCUGUUCAGCCUGAGCUUGCUGCACGUGUUCGCGUUCGCCUGGAUACUGAGUGUGCGCAUGUGGGGCCGCCUGCCCUGGAUGUACCAGUUGCUGAACGCCGCUGCCCUCCUGGGCCAGUCCCUGCUCUGGUCCGUCUUCCCCUUCGUAGCCUUCAGGAUGGCAUGGGAGAGCUCGCGCCGCUGGUGCCUGCUGAACGCCGAGAUGCGCAUCCUGCUGCCAGAGGACAACGAGAGCCGACCGCCACGCGGCGAACUUCCGCCCUGCCAGGCCCGGAAGACGCCGCUGGCUCCCAACUGAUGCAGAGCAUGCGAAGCUCGCAUC